GCAAAAGAAAAACAGUAAGGGUUAGGGCUUCCCUUGCGAGAGCAGAGAGAGAGAAGGAGACGCUGAGAGAGAGAGAGAGAGAGAGAGAGAGAGAGAAGGAGACGCUGAGAGAGGGAGAAGGAGACGUUUGAUCAGAGCAGGUAGGUGCACUUUCAAUGCAGCUGCGUUUCCACCACCCUCUCCCAAAUUCGAAAUGGAUAGCCGUUGCCUGUAACAAAGUAACCUGUGCAUACAUUCUCCGUGGGAUUGACUGGUGGCGAGGAAGGAAUGGAUAUGAAACAAAUCACCAUGUUUCAGGUAUGGCCCAAAUUGAGUGGAAAGUUCAUUGGAUCUCCCUCAGAUCUUCAAAAAGCUUUCGUCUUUUUAAAGGCUACUGCAAUUUAUCCGAGUCACCUCAGCUUGAAAUCUUCCUUGCCUUUUUCCCACUCAUCCUUUUAAAAUCAAUGGAAGGCCUUUAAAAAAAUGAAAUGCGCGCUCGCUUGUUCAUCUUCAGUUUCUCUCAUUUCUCCCUUGCAAUCACCAGACCCUCCAUUUCUUUCCUGUCUUCUUUUGGUUCUGCUGCCAAUGUCUCCUGCUCCAAUUCAAAGCCCUUUAUCUUCAAUUACCUGAUUGAAAACUUUGGUUUCUCUGAGACUGUCGCUACUGCAACUUUAAACCGUCUCCCGAAUGUGAAACAACCCAAUAAGCCUGACUCUGUACUCCACUUCCUCCGACAGUCUGGAUUCUCAGAAACCCACAUCCGAGAUGCCGUCCGAAUCAGUCCACAAAUCCUUUUCGCCAACAUUGAGAAAACCUUAGAACCAAAGUUCAAAGUAUUCCAAGAACUGGGUCUUACGGGAUCUGAUCUGGGUCUCUUCCUUUCAAAGAAUGCAAAACUCCUCACGGCUAGCCUGGACCAGAAGCUGAUUCCCGGCAUCAAAAUCCUGAAGAACAUUCUAUCCAAUGACGACCACGUCAUACGUGUUCUGCAGAGAUGCAAGUGGAUCCUCUACAAAGACCCUAGCUCGAGGCUACUGCCCAACAUCUCUUUCUUGCAAAGCUGUGGAAUUGUCGGGUCUCAGCUCUCGAUGCUUUUGAAAUACCAGCCAAUUCUAUUUGCCAUGAAGGAGCCUAAACUCCAAAACCUCAUUAUCAGGGUCAAAGAGAUGGGCUUCUCUGUCGAUUCGCGGAUGUUCGUCUAUGCUCUCUAUACAGUCAGUUGCAUGAUGCCCGACACCCUGCAGCGGAAAUUUGAGCUGUUCCGGAGUUUUGGAUUUUCAGAGGAGGAAUUUAUGUCGGCAUUUAGAAAGGCACCAAGCUUGCUUCGGACCUCAGAGAAGAAGCUGCAGUUGGGAAUAGAAUUCUUUGUGAACACUGUUGGCCUCGACCGUUCUGCACUAGUUAACAAUCCAACGUGUUUGAUGCAUAGUUUGGAGAAAAGGGUGAGUCCUCGGCAUCGAGUUAUUGAGAUUCUGAGAUCGAAGAUGCUGUUGAAGAACCCCAGUAUCAUCUAUGCAAUGCAGAUAUCAGAGGCAGACUUCCUGGAGAAAUACAUUUUGAAGUUUGGAGAGGAUGCCGGGGAGUUGCUGGCAGCUUACCAAGGGGGAGGUCUUGACAUCUCCAAGUCAUGAAAAUCUCUAGUUUUGAUUGCUUUUUGCACUUCAGGACUCGAACUGAAUUCUGUUUAGUUUUGCAGUUGCGAUCCCUUUGGAUUGUGAUGCAAUAUCUGUGCAUUUUGUUUCUCAUUUUGCAAUGUUUCUCUUGUAGAUAGCUGCUGCCAUUGGGGCAUGCAAGUACAGUUUAUGAGAAUUGCCUAACAUAUAAUGUAUGAUUUGAUGGACCCUGAUAGUAAAUUGAUUCACAGCUUAGACUCA